CGUGUUAUUGAACGUGACGCUAUUCUCGCUUUAUAUGUUGUUCGCCGGCCGCAUCUCGACCAUUGUGUAACAUUCUUCGUGGCGGCCAGAUUGUUCUGCAUUAGACACUCUCGAUUGUACAUCUAUGUUGUUCAUUAUUGCGCUACGACAGGCGUUGUUUGUGCGCCUGGAGUAUCUAGUUAGUUAGCUAAUCGUCGAGCUUUAUAUCGGCAGCGGUGAGACAGCUUAUUAAUGCUUCCGCUAAACGUACCGUUAGACCGAUGCCUCUCUGCGGGAUAGCUGAACCUGGCGCACUGUGAAGCCUCCAUCUUCAAGACUGCCAAGGACUACGUAGUGUCAGCUAGCUGCCAACGUCAAGAGGCUGCUUCCUGCCUGUGUCCACUAUGGAGGCCGCUCAGGUGACUCUAACUGUCAGAGGCGAAACAUCCCCAGGGGAGGUGAUUGCAGUUGUUGGGAGCUGUGAAGCCCUAGGAAGCUGGAGCUAUCAGAGCGCAGUGAUCUUACACUCUGAUGGGAGUGAUGGAAACACAUGGACUACAAAUGUCUCUGUGCCUAAAGGAGUUGUGUCCAAGUACCGCUAUCUCAAAGGCUUCUUUCUGCAGUCAAAGAUUUCAACCAGGGUGACUGACAGCCCCGGAUUGGGAUUGAGUGCAGGUGGUCCCUGUCAAGUGAUAGUCAAUAUGUGGGAGACCCAUCAACAACCCCGCACGAUGAGCCCCACAGCAUCACACCAAAAUAUUGACGAUGGACAAUUUGGAAUUCACAAUGGGGUGAACUGUGUUGACUCUGGGUGGCUCACGUGCCAGACAGAGAUUCGCCUGCGUCUGCACUAUUCUAAGACCUCUCCGGUGUCUAUCACUAAGAAGAAGUACAAGAAGUCUCGCUUCAGAAUCAAGCUGACAUUAGAGGGAUUUGAGGAGGAGGAGGAAGAUGAGGACGAAGACGAGUAUAGUCUUUUAUCUUUGCACAAGGAGACCACCACCCUGGAGAUCAGCAUGAUCAGUGCCAACGGCUACAAGUCGCGCCACUCUCAGCCCGAGUGCGGCUAUGCACUGGAGCCCUCCCAGUGGACCGAGUACAGUAUCCACAGCCUGGACCCGUACAACCUGGAGCUCACCUUCGAGUUCUUUGAGGAGGAUAUGAGUGAGCAUGUAGCCCAGGGGGACGGUCAUCCGGGUUAUGUGGGCACCGCUUGCCUCCUCUCCUCCUCUUUCUCCGAGAGCGGGAAGGACUACGGAGUAGCCACACUUCCAAUAAUGGGUCGAAAUUCGAGACAGACCAUCGGGAAAGUCAGAGUGGACUAUCUGGUGAUCCGACCCAUCCAGGGUUUGCAGUGUGAAAUGAGCUCCUCCUUCUCCAAGUACUGGAAGAAAAGAAGUACUCUGAAUGUGGGUCAUAGAGGAGCUGGCAGCACACAUGCAGCCAAGCACCAAAGAGUUAGGGAGAACACGGUAGCGUCAUUCAAAAGCGCCGCCAAUCAUGGUGCAGCCUAUGUAGAGUUUGAUGUCCACCUCUCCAAGGACGCUGUUCCCAUUGUUUACCACGAUCUGACGUGCUGCAUAUCCACCAAGAAGAAAAACGACAAGACGUCUCUGGAGCUUAUUGAGGUGCCAGUCAAAGACUUGACAUUUGAUCAGCUGCAGCUUCUGAAGCUGGUCCAUGCCACUGCGAUAAAAGAAAACGAUGCCAAAGAUCUGCUGGAUGAGGAGGAGGAAAUCGAUGAGCAUCAGCCAUUCCCUUCACUCUCACAGAUCUUCCAAGCUAUUCCUGAGCACGUGGGCUUCAACAUUGAGCUCAAAUGGAUCUGCCAGUUGAAGGACGGGUCGUGGGAUGGAAACCUGUCAUCCUACUUCAACAUGAACACCUUCCUCGACAUCAUCCUGUCCUGCAUUCUGCAAAAAGGAGGAAACCGACGCAUCGUCUUCUCCUGCUUCGACCCGGAUAUCUGCACCAUGGUGCGUCGAAAGCAGAACAAGUACCCCAUCCUCUUCCUGACUCAGGGCAUUUCAGAGAAAUACACGGACCUGAUGGACAUCCGCUGCCAGACCACUCAGAUCGCCAUCAGUUUCGCCCAGAGUGAGAAUAUUCUGGGGAUCAGUGGUCACACUGAGGAGCUGCUGAAGAACCUGUCGUACAUCAGGGAUGCCCAGUCUAAAGGCCUGGUGGUGUUCAGCUGGGGAGACGACAAUAACGAACACGAGAACAGACGGCAGCUGAGAGAGCAGGGCAUCGAUGGGCUCAUCUACGAUAGUAUCUGUGAGGAGCUUGGAGAGCAGCAAAACAUCUUCCAGGUAGAGGGACAACACACCCUGCAGGAGGUCAUCACAGAGGAGACCCUCAAGAGCUCCUGCUCCUGCUACUCCUUCCCCUGCUCCAUGGCUCCCUGUGUGGCCUCCAAGAACCGUGCAGGCAGCGCGGAGUCCGAUUCUGGACUCAGCUCCUCAUGAAUGACCCCCAAAACCUCAGUGGACGAGGUCUUCGAGGACCACGGUGGGAAUGGAUGAUCAAAUGAAAACAUGUUGAUUGAAGAUUGUCACAAGAAAACUUAAUCACAAUAGUGAAACCACUCAAACCAUCUCCACUCCACUCAAUUACACUUAUGUCGAAAAGUAUUGCAUCUUCACACAAGUUUUUGUUUUUCCAUGCUUAUCUACGUGGAUGUUUUGCCAAAACAUUAAGGGCGGCCAUGUUUUUUUUUUCAGAAUAGUGUGUAAAGAGGUCUUUACAAUGGUGGAAGACUCUACAUCACAUCGCAUAUGUAUUUAGCUAAUACGUUGCAUCAUUUUACAGUACAUAUGAUGUUUUACGGGUAAAAAAAAAAAAGUGUAACUGCAAAUUGUGUGUUUAAGUUUAUGAUGAUGUUGCAUAAUGCUUUUUUUUCUCUCUUUCUGCUGUUUAGUAUUUUCUGUGCAUGUAGCCAUCACCUUAAAUGUUGUUCUCAUUGUCUCAAAUGAGCAAUGAGUAAUAGCAACUGAUUGCUAUUUCUGGUUCAGCACAGGAAUAUUUUGGGAGGUGCAGAUUGCUGUUUAAGAAACGCUCGCCUCAGCCUACGUGAAGGAUUUGUUUCAUUUUGACUGUUGGAAGCACUUCCUUCUCCUUUACAUGCUGCAUACGGAAUGUGCGAUAUCCUUUAUUCUCCUUAUCUACUUGAUUUGAAGAAAAGCAGAGGAAUGUUUUAUUUAUGACAGUGUGCACACAGUACAUUCCACAGCCUUAUGGGGGAAAGAAAACAAUCAGGUCUGUUUCUGUUUUUAAACCGCCAAUACCUCACUCAUCUAUUAGACUAGACUUGAGUUGAGACAUGUGUGUACAGAAGGAACACGUCCUACUUCACAACACCCAUGCUUUUUAUUGCAUGAACGAUCUUCUUUUUGUUGCGCUUGAUAUAAUUCAUCAUUUGCAUAUUGAUAUGAUGUAUUAUUAUGAUACAAUGGUAAUGCUGUAUGUUGAUCAGAGCAAAAACAAAUCCAUGUAUUGUAUACUAUGUGUGUGUGUCUGUUUAUCACACAAUCUCUUAACUAUAAACCAUAAUGACUUGAGUUGUGCAUGGCCUCUGUAUCUGUAUGAAUCUAGUAUAUAAUACACUUCAGGACAGAAAAGUACAAAAGGUAAUGUAAAUAAAAUCCAAACCUAUAUUUGUU